AUGCACGGGUUCUCACGAAAAGGCCCCUCCUCCAGAUGCUCCGAGGCCACAGACACAGAGGGGACCACAGGUUAUGGCCUGCGCUCUGGUUGCAGAGAAGCCAUAGACUCAGGUGUGUUUGCCCUCGGUGAAGUCGUGACCUCCGCCCACGCUCAGAACGUCCUCUACAGCGUAGCCAGCAACUUCCUGGAAGUCAAACAACUGGCCUCAACGUUACUACGGCAACUCCCACCAUCAGCUGUUGGAUUACAGGUGCCUGAGAGGAUGCGCAGCGUGCUCCAGGCUGCUCUGGACCUCAGCACCAGCACCAAGCCUUUUGAUAGCGUCUCAGCAGCGCACCUCCUCCACCUGCUGCUCCCCCAGCCCCACCUCACAGAGGCUCUGCUACACUGCGCCCAGGAGCAGGGCUUCCCUUUCCACCCCCCCUCACCCUUACCUAACGCGUCUGAGGCAGUCAUCUUGGAGCUCAACACCCUGGCUGUGGUGCAGCUGUUGCUGUGCUGUCUGCAGUCGGAGGUUCCCAGGGCGGAGGCUUCUCUCUUGCAGGCAGCUGCUUCCUAUCCUCUCUACGGCAGAGCCCACUGCAUCACUGCUGUCCUGCAGCCUCUCAAUUUCGAGACUUUAACCCAGACGGAGCAGUGGAGGUGUGUGGUGUCGGAGCUGAUCGCUGUGUGCUACAGGAUGUCUGACGUGGUGUCCCCUGUAGUCCAGAGCUCCUCCCCAGAGGGACUCAUUCCCAUGGAUACAGACUCAGAGACGUCAGCGGGUCUGCAGAGGAUCCUGCAGGAGAUUCAGCCCAGAGACAGCAACGACUUCUUCACCAGCGCCAGAGAGCUGGACACACACACUGGAGAUGAUCAAACACAGACCACACACACACCGUCACUGAACACAGUGUCAGACUUCGUACACUCGCCCAUCAACCUUUCUGCUUGCGGGGAGGGCUACAGAGUGACAGCCCAGAUGGUGCUGGUGUGCUGCUGGCGGAGCAUGAAGGAAGUGGCCAUGCUGCUGGGACAGCUGUGUCAGAGUCUGCCUCUGCACUGCGCCGACGACACACACGCUGGACUCAUCACUGAAGAACAGGUGGAGGGGGUCGGUCUGUACUUCCGUCGGCAGCUCCUGCAGUCCCGUCAUCGUGGCGCCUUUGAACUGGCUUAUGUGGGCUUUGUACGCCUCACCGAGAUGCUCUGCAGGAGUGGGAGUCCGGCCCUGCAGCAGCUCCCGGCCCGCUGGCUCUCGGAGGUUCUGGAGGAGGUUAAAUCCAGCGACCCGUCGUCAAAGCUGUGUGCCACACGGCGCAGCGCGGGGAUACCCUUCUACAUCCAGGCCUAACCAUAACCCAGGCCAGACACACAGCUGGCUCCCAUCACCCCCCUUCACGGACUCCUGUCACACAGCAGCCAACUGCUGUCACCUUCUCCUGCCACAUUCUCUACUCCCGGCCGGCACAUCCGGAUGAUGUCAUUCAGUGGAGCCUUUAGCAUAAGCAAAUGUAUGUAAUCAUAUACUGUAGUUGUGACUGUAUGUCAUAAAAUACCACUGAUGGGCCUGAUUCA